CUAAAACAAGAUGGCGGCCGGCUGGUCUUCAAACUCAAACACAGUUCAAAGAUAAUGGAUUUUCCGUUCUGUUCGUUUUAAAAGUUCUCCGCAAGGUAUCUUUCAAGUGCUUUCGUUUCAAGCUCCAAAAUGUCUGGUCCUCCAACAACCUUGGCACAGCAGUGUACAACAAGUACUGAUACACCAGCUGAACCAUCCGUGAUUGGACCAAUGCCRCCAGUAAACCCAUCACCCAAGAGCCCAAUUAGUGAACUGAUGGAGAUUUGCAUGCGUAUGGGAAUUGAUGUUACAUUCACUGUGAUUUCGGAGAUUGGACCCCCACAUAACAAAGAAUUUGUGAUUUCCUGUUCAGCUGGGAAUAUAAUUGGACAAGGAAAGGAGUACAAUAAGAAGAAAGCUAAACAUCUAGCCGCUGCAGACGCAUUGAAAAAGCUGCAAGAAUCAGAGGAAUAUAAGAAYUAUUUGUUUAACCGAAGUACCAAAGCAGCAGCACCAUCUCACUACAAUGUAGUAGGCCAACUCCAAGAAGCUAUUGCUAAAAAAGGCUUACAACUUCCCCAGUAUGAAUUUGAUCAACCAAUCGGACCACCACACAAGCGGCAAUUUGUCACCAAGGUCCAAGUGGGUAAUCUAACUGCUUCUGGUUCAGGAAGAAGCAAGAARGAGGCUAAAAGGUCUGCAGCAGCAGCCAUGCUUGAUAAUCUUAAUUGCAGUAACUURUCAUUGCAUGUACCGGCAAAGAAGAUUGCAUUCAAACCUGCAUCUAGUGCUAUUGACCCAACACCUAUUCUCUUUAAAAGUGGAGGAACAUUGUAACCCCUAAACUACAUCCUAGAAACCCUGACUUUAUUGCCCUAUUUCACUAUGACGUCACAUCAAAACAAUCUACUGUUUAAACGCAAAGGAUCAUGGUCGUCGGAAAGGGUCAAAUCAACGCAAAU